AUGACUAUCCCUUCACAUUUCCAUAUGCCCGGCGGCGGCUUCAAUCGAGAGGGCGUUCAUCCAGGCUUAUUCCGUCCACCCAUGUCCCCAAGCUCGAGCACCAGCUAUGGUUACGCUUCCCCGCGGAGCGCUGCGACACCUGAAGGGCAAGCUGGGAAGCGCAAGCGACCUUGUCAUGACAUGUCACGAUCGCAAGACAUUCGCAUACAUGAUGACGUCGAUAGGCACAGUUACUUUGGAACGCCCCUUGCUCAGAUUAGAAAUGACGACAUGCGUUAUCAACUCGCUGGACAGCUCGAUACACCAAGCGGCGGCCCUUUUGGAAGCGGCAUGCUAGAUGACAGUGUUUACUCCGAUUCGGACUAUCGUAGAGCCCUUGGAUCUCAGCGGUCGCAACAGGAGAUUGACUUCAAUAACGCUGGCCCGACGCAGCUCUUCAAUCUCCCUCCUCAACCGAUGCCUUCGCAGGGAUGGGGCAGCUUCGCAUUCUCAACUAUUGGUGGUGUUGUCGGCCGUGUAUGGGAGUUUUGCAAAACCGGUUCAUUUCGAGGAUUCCAGGCCGGAGGUGGCAAGGCCUAUACGAUGAAUUCUGGCAGGGUGGAAGAAUUGGAUCAGACACUAUUCGAAAGCCAUCACCUACCUGGACGAUUUCCUCCUCCUCCUCCGCAGCAGGAAGAUUACUUCAACCAAAACCAGCAAACCGAUAAUGCCGACCAUGAGAUGAACAGUGGUGCAUCGACACCCACAGCACCAGCCCCCAAACGAAGACACACUGAUAAUAGGGAUGAACUUGGCAGGAAUUGGGUUAUGGUGAGUGAUGAGAAACCAGCUGAGCCAGAGCCUUCACCCAAGCCUCAACUGCGACGUCCAUCUUAUCAUUCGACCCCUCGAAACCGAAACUCGGGCCCCUCCAUGGCAACAGGCCGACGCAUCAGCGCUACUCCAUCUUCGCGAUUCUCAUCUGCCUCUACUCCUGGUCAGCGACGAUCCACUACCAACCGACCAUCAAGCCGUUUGUCUAUCGCUCCCUCUCCCUCCGCUCCUUCACCCCGUGCAGCAUCGACCGCUUCUUUCGCGUCAUUCACCUCGUUCGGCUCCCCUCGGGAAUCAACUCCAAGCAAAAUUCCUCAGCCCAGCCGUCGUCGAGCCACAGCCGCACCAUCGCCGAUAACCAAGGUGUCGUCGCACCGCCGCUCGAACAGUAAUGCCUCAGUAGCAUCAGGACGUGGAUCCGCCGAAGCAAGUCCACGUCUGACUGCAGAAGCCAAGCAUCUCGCAGCACGCCGUAAGAUGGAAGAACGAGAUGCAGAUGUGCGGAUCAACGCGUUCAAUAAGCAACUACAGGAUAUGAUUCGUCAGGGUAGAGAAGCGUUGGGCACGACGAUAGAAGUGGAAGGUAACUGGGAUGAUGACCUGUGA